AUGAUUGACAAUGAAUCCGACUUAUCAUUUUUUUAUAAUGAAACAGCUUAUCAAUUCUAUAGUGAAUUAGUUGAUAUUCAUUAUGAUAAAUAUGUUUUUUUUGCUGUGUGUUCAGCAUCAGUUGGUUUACCAUUAAAUAUUCUUUUACUUGCUAUUCUUAUACGAAAUGGUUUAUUUAGUCGACGUUAUAAUAAUAAUAAUAAUAAUAAUUCAAUACGAAUAUCAUAUGUAAACAAUACUUCAACAGGUUCAUUUGAUAGAUUUCUAUUUGAAAUUAUUUUAAUUGAUACAUUAUUAAUUCUAUAUCAUUUUAUGGAUAAUUUUUUAAGUUAUAUUCAUAAAGAUCGUUCGGCUGGUCAACACUAUUUAAUACAUAUAUCAGAUUUUUGUUGUAAAUUUUUUACAUAUUUUGCUAAAAUGAGUGUUCUACUUGCAACAUGGUUAUUAUUUUUUUUAAUACUUAAUCAAUUUAUUUUAACAAUGAAAUAUAAUGAAAAAUAUUCAUGUUGGAAUCGUAGUCUAUAUUAUAUUAAUGCAAAAUAUUCAACUGUUUUUCUUAUAUUUAUUUUUGGUCUUUAUAAUAUAUAUCCAAUAGAAGUUCUUAAAUAUCAAAAAAAAGAAGAUUUACAAGAUUAUCAACAAGAAGGAGUUGUUGGUGUAUGUUCAAUAAUAUUAGAUGGAACAAAUAAACAAUUACUAAAUGCAACGAACUAUGGUUAUAAUUUGAUUGGAAUUUCUAUACCGUGUAUAAUUAUGUUUAUUAUUUCAAUUGUAAUUAUAUAUCGUACAUGUCAAAAUGAAAAAAAUGAUGAAAAAUUGAAUAUUUCUUUUAAAUAUAUAGCUGCAACUAUUGGUAUUAUACAUUCAUUUGUUAAUUUACCAAUUCGAUUAAGUGAUAUAUUACUUAUGUUAUUAUCACCAUAUUCACCAUUUUAUUCAUAUUUAAUUAGUUUUAAUCAUGAAAUACAAUCAUUUAUAACAUUAUCGUAUGCAUAUAAAUGUUUUAUUUGUAUUAUUCUAUCACGGCGAUUUCGUUUUCAUGCAAAAAAUAUUUUAUGUUUUUUAAUUGGAAAUAAAUAUGAAGAACGAUAUCAAAGUCAAACAAAUAGUUCAUUAAAAACACAUAAACAAACACGACAUUAUAUAACAAAUCGUCGCUCAUUAAAUAUAUCUGUUAACCAACCAAUGAAAAAGAAGUUCUCAAUUCGAACGCCUAAUAACGACAAUUUAUAUAGUUAUAAUAUAUCUGAAGCAAUAUACUGGAUACGACCAUAUUUUACUCUAAAUAGAAAACGUCAUUUAUUACGACCGUGUACCCGUUCAGCAAGUUGCCAUCAAUUAUCAACAAAAUUUUCAUCAUCGGAUAAUUUAUCACCGUCAUCACGUUUUACAACAUAUCGUUCACCCUAUUUUGUUAUUAUUAAUUUACCAAAUGGUGAAAAUCUCCAUAUACCUCUACCUCACAAACAUGAAUCGAGGUGUCAAGUUCUAUCUUCUAGACAAUUAUUAAAAAAUACAUUAUUUCCUAGAGAUACAGAAAAACAAAAUAUUAAUAAAUUAAAACUUCUGUCGUCAUCACAUAUUUAUUAA